AUGAAAAGAAAACAGGACGACUCCGAUAUCGACGUCAGCUCCACGGACUCGGAGCCGGAGAUCGAACAGGAAGAAAUCGAGGAAGAAACCGUGAAUGUAGACUUUGAUUUCUUCGACUUGAAUCCAGACGUCGAUUUCCACGCCACGAAAAACCUCUUGAGACAGUUGUUUGGCGAUGAUUCUGUGGAGUUUGACCUCUCGUCGUUGGCAGACUUGAUCUUGAAGGACAAUUCCGUGGGUACAUGUAUAAAAACUGAUGGUAAAGAAAGCGAUCCAUUUGCACUUCUUUCUGUGAUUAACAUCUCGAACAAUUUGGAAAACUCCACCGUGAAAAAACUCGUGGCAUAUGUCUUGGACAAGACCAACAACCAGCCUAAAUUCAAUGUUUUACUUCGAAAAUUACUAGGCGACAAAAAGAAUAAAGUUGCACUUAUCGUCAGUGAAAGACUCAUCAAUAUGCCCGUGGAAGUUGUUCCCCCCAUGUACAAGAUGUUGCACGAGGAAAUGGAGAGCGCUGAGGACGCCCAUGAAAAAUAUGAGUUCGACUACUUCCUUGUAGUGUCCAAAGUUUACGAGAUGGUUGCAGCCAAAGAACAAGAAGAUGCAAAAACCACCAAAAAAAAGAAGGCUGGUGCAGAUACAACCAAAGAAAUGGAUUAUUUCCACUACGAAGACCUCGUACUCGAAGCCAAUUCCAUCCACCAUGGCUACUACCCCUACACACAUGUAUCACAAGAAACCGACUCUCGAAGAGUGUUCACCGAGUACGGACUCGAUCCGCAAUUGAGUUUGAUUUUACUUAGCAAAGACCAGCUUCAGAAGAGCGUUGGGGAGAUGGAAGCCAAGUUUCCGCCGUUCUAG